AUGACUCGACCUACUGGAUCCAAAGCGUUUCCUGAAGCAAACGCAUUGGAUGUAAAGAAACCGGUGAAAGAAAACAAUUCUUUCCGAGGUCGUGGAGGUCGAAACAAUCGCGGACGUGGCGGACGUGGGAGAUACAACCCAAAUAACAAAAGGUCAUUCCAAUGGAAUCGCUCUGAUCAAUCUUCAGAAAAAGAGCACCAAGGAAACACCUCCCAGAAGCGAGAGACUGUUUGUUACAGAUGCGGUACAAAAGGACAUUGGUCCCGGAAUUGCCGUACUCCUAGGCACCUUUGUACAUUGUACAAAGAUUCUGCCAAAGGCAAAGGAAAAGAAGUAAACCUUGCAGAGCACUCAGAGGGAACAACCCACCUCGAUGCUUCUGACUUUGCAGAUGAUUUCGAUGACACCGUCCCAUCUGAAGUCUGA